UGCUUGGAGGUUAGAAGAUGAUGAGGAGGGGUACCUACCACCGACGCCAAGCCUAGAGGACACACCCUUCUCUCAAACCUCAUCACAGCUAUACUACCCGGUACCACCAAGACCUACAACCCCAGAGACAGACAGAGUCAGGACAAGCAACAGCAAUGGAGGUUUGGCCAAGUUGGCGCGCCGACUUAGCCAGAGGGGGGAAAGGAGAGAGCGAGGGGAGAAGCUUCCAUGCAGACAACGCUCUGUUAGUGUCGACAGUGAUUACGAGUCCGACGUCGCCAGCGCCAACGGUAUCCCUGACAGGCUUUGGAGUAUGCUCCUGGUCGACGACCACGGGACUAUGCCUCGUAAACCAUCAACUGGUGAUGUCCGGAAAGCACACAGCAUGGAGAACCUGGUGCCCGGAGACGAUAAAAGCAAAUCUUCUUCCAUCCCUCCAUCUCCCCUCGCCCCAAACAAGCUCCAGAGGAGUCUCUCGGGCAAGAAGAGGGGGGCAAGCACCAACGAGGUGGACUCUACCGGCCUCGGGGGCAGUUCCGUCAAGGAUAAGGGCAGGAGAAACUCCAAAUACAUUUCCGAUCUACAGGCUCUGUUUGAGGCAGUGGAGCAUCAGGAUCUGGAUGCAGCGAAAUAUUGCCUGGAAGCCAACGGGUUGGACCUGAACCAACCCAACCCAGAUGAGUUCACGGUCCUGGACAUUGCAGUCAUGACCAAUAACAUGCCCAUGUCGAGGAUGCUCCUAUCACACGGAGCAAGGGAAAAUCCCAGAUUUCUUUUGAAAGAUGUCCGACUGAACAAGCUCAAUACUCUGAUCAAUGAAGCAGAACAAGUCAUCCAGGAUCUAACGACUCGAGUCGUCAACGGCUCCGGCAAUAAUAACGCUUCUUCUUCCAGCUCCAUCAAGGAUGCUGAUAGGCAACUUGUGGAUUGGGAAUGGCGAUACAGGUUACUCAAACGAAUGAAGACAGGCUUUGAACAAGCAAGAGUACCUGACAUACCAGCUAUGGUGCGGUUAUACACAGCCAGUAGCUCAUCCCUCCUUGUCACGUUUGAGGAGCCGUUGAACAUGAAUGGUGCCUCGGCUACCCGGUUUAAAAUUGAAUGGAGCCAAAACGAAGACUUCUGUCCUUUAGCUGGGGAACAUAUACUGUAUCACUUUAGCAACCUCAAAUAUACUAUACAAGGGCUAACACAGGGUGCAAAGUAUUAUGUGCGUGUAUCUGCAUUCAACAUGAAGGGCUUUGGCCCCGCCCAGACGUCAAAUCCACCGUGUGCUGUCCCUUCAUGUUGGAGGGACGUCGAUGGCAGCAAGCCCAGGUCUUGGGGAAGGCUAAGUAUGAUCGAUGAACUCUUUCAACAAGUACGAGAUGGAAGGCCGGCGGACUCGGCUGAAAUCAAAUCAACUUCCCCGAGAGCAUCACCGAAUCAGAUGAGGAAAACGGUGAGGAAAAGCCUGAAGAACCUCUUCCAAUCUGCGCCAAAGUUCCAGAAGCAUUUAAGAAGAGGUGUGUACUUGGCCUCGGUGAUCUACAACGAAGACAAGGUUCUUGUGACAACAGAGGACUACCUGCCUAUCAUAGAGGUGGAUGAGAACUUCCCUAGUAAUGUCCAACAGGACUUCCUGUGGUUCAUGAAGGUCGCACAAACGUGGGAGGACGUCGACCUCCUAAGAACAGACCUGAACCAAUCAACGGCAGCCUCACCGGUCGUCCACUUUAGAGGGCGCCUCCUACAGGCCGCCGCCCAGCUGCAAAGCAUCAUGAGUAUGCAAGACCUGGGCAAGCUGUACUAUGAACCGGUGAAGGACAGUCAAGGGAUCGUCAUCUUUACGCUUAUCAACUCUGUCAAGGACCCGAGGACAAUAAACAACGCAGCUCUGAAGUGGGUCAGUAUGACGAGGGUACAGAAGAGAAAGUCGAUGAGUGUGGAGUGUCCGGUAGCAGCUGAUCUUCUCCUCACGUCAUUACCAGAGAAGAUCAUUCACCACCAGGUCAGCAGCCUACCUCUCUCCCGCGGUCUGUACGUCGGCUACCUCAAGCUCCGUAGCUCGCUGGGCAACAUUCGCAUCCAGGUACCGGAGCGUCACCCCAGCAUGCUACCUCACAUCAAGGUCAGGGACAACUACAACGUCUCGCAGGAAGAGUGGGACUGGCUCCACAGUCUGGAUAAAUGCGAGGUGAAGAAGAAAGCCACCAGAGUGCAGGAAGACUUCCAGCGCCAGCUUGCAUCGGCGACCCGGAAGUUAUUGACACGUGUAGGGGUCACAGAAGAGGAAGCUAUCACCCACAGACUAUGUGACCUGGAGGUUGUGGAACUCAGCAGCGAAGUGUCCUUCAUUUUGCUGCUCCCGCCUCUGGGUAGUGUAUGCAUAGGACCAGGGACACCAUCCGAUGACUGGAUCAUCAGCAGGGAUUUCACCUCAAUCUCGGUGCCAGUCUUUGAAAUGAUUCACAUGAGCACGUACCAUGGCGACUUCAUCCGUCGCUAUGCAAGGCUUUCGUCGAUACUGGAGACAGAGUCACUGAUCACACAACAACAACUGAGGGAGGCAUUCUCAAAUGAUGAACUGAACGAAGCAAAGCGAAGACAGACGCAAGUGGAUGAAUUUCAAAAGUCUCUUGAUAUGAUGUGGAGGGGGAUGCGUUGGAUCAUGGAUAUACUUCAAUAUGCGAGAGAUAAACAAAUCAAAGGAGGCGUCCCUCUCUCUGUACUCUAUGCCCCACCCCCGUCGCCAGUGGAUGCGUCCGAGGACAUUCUAGCUACCAUUGGGCAGUGCAUGAAAGACACCCAGAACCACACCCUCCUACCGCCCCCUCCCUGCAGUAGCAUCGGAUGCCAGACGAUGCUACUACCGGUAGAGAAGGCUGCCGACAAAACCCUCAAGUCAGGGAUCCUGAGGGUCUUCCCAGCCUACAACUCUGGUCUUGCCAAAGGAACGAGUGUCAAGCUCCAUGUGACGUCAAAGACAUCUUGCGAGGACAUUGUGAGUCUGGUGGUGCAGCAGCUUAACAAGGCCAUGGAGAGCAGUGGCAUGGAGACCCCUGCAUUCUCCCCUGAAGACUGUGCCCAAUUCUGUCUGGUUGCCAUCAUUGCCAACAAGGAGUACUCACUGGAGGAGGACUUCUGUCCGUUGCAGCUCCAGAACCCAUGGACUAAAGGACAGUUGUUUGUCCGACCUAAAGACUCAGAAAGAGCUGUCCUCAAUGUAGGUCCAUCGACGGAUGUAUAGCGUUGGCAGCUCUGUUGUAUCCAUGUGCCAUCUUUGCCAAAGUGAAGGACAUUUCCAGGAUAUAGUUCUCAUGCCAUGGGAUAAUAUGAAAGUGAUGUCAUUUAGAAAACUUCCGACUUCAUAAUGAAAGUGAUUUGCCUCCACUACAGGACCAAGCAACUGCAGAGCCUCAACCAAAUCUCCAAGCAAGAUUCCCGUCAAGCUGUUUGCUCUCUCUUUAAAAAAAAUAUAUAUGACAAUAUCAAAGAUGGAUGUGGAUUUAAUUUCGACCUUUGCGUGGGGAUGCAUGGAUGUUAGAGAAGAGUCUUAUGAGAAGACAUAUGUGAGUGCAUUGAAAGAAAAGUACUUCUAGGAUUCCUUUUGCAGUUAUAUAUGGGUACCAAUAAUCAUAUAAGCGGGUCUUGGUACAGCCUGAGGCAUUCUGCAGAUACGUCUGCAUGUUGCUGGAACAGUUCUGCUGGGUUCUUUCUGGACAGAUCAGACCCCAAUAGGCCCCAUUCAUCCACUCAGAUGUGAUCUUGGCCAACAUUGAAACGAACCCAUGAGUGAUUUCCUUCUGUUAUGGUCAACAUCGAAAUGCAAGCAUGAGGUAUUCUCAUUUGUGAUGGGUCAAGAUCUCCUGUCAAUGCGUUUUGUAAUGGUAAUACCUCUUGUCACUCGCCUUAGAUCUUGAAGAUCGGGAAGCUUCCAUUCUCUUGCUAAGAUAUGAGAUUGACAUGGUAUCCUGUAACGGCAUUGAAUCCAAAUAUAUAUAGAGAAAGUUUUAUGUUUUUAAUUGAACAUUAUAUGUCUGUUUAAUCAGACACGAUAAAUUAGGGAAAGAAUGGAUAAAGUCUUAAGGGGAACCACCAAAUUAUCUGAGUGAGAACAAUUUUUCACUACUAUGUAGUUAUUACUAUUGUAUAUGUGCAUCACCAAAGAAUUUCAAAGUAUAUAAAUAUUGGCUGCUCUUAAGGGAAAUAGUUUUACUAUCGCCCCGAACUGAACUUGAGACUAUAGGCCUAAUAUUUUUCUGAGACUGAAGGUUGAGGGAAAGUAAAAGGCCUAUGUUCUCAAGGUUGAUUGAGGUGUAACUGUUUUUUGCUAUCGACCGAAUAAAAGAGCAGUAAUUAUUUGUUUUAUAUACCAAUUAUUUUUUGAGCAGGGCAAUAGUAAAAACUAUUGCCUUGCUCAAAUCAUGCCAAUUGGUAUAUCAAAAUUAUAUAACUGGGAGCUCUGCAAAACACACCCUAUCCAUUCCAUGUGCAUAGUUCAUAUUAUUGACUGCCAAUAAGAAGGCCAUGACUGCCACCUUGAAGGCCAUGAUUGCCAAUGUGUACAAGUUAUAGGGCCUUUGUGCUGUAGCAAAGAAGUGGGAAGCUGGUUAAACAUUAUGGCCCGUAUUCUGAAGUCAGGUUUAAUUUGAACUCUGGUCUCAAGUUGUUGUUUAACUAUGGAUAGCCAAUUGUGACAUAAAUCUUUAACAGUAGAGGUUCGUAGUAUCAGCUCAUUUGAAGGAUAAAGAAGAUUAAAGAUUUAAAGAAUUGGGAAAGAGCACCGUAAACGCAAGAAGCAUACCAUGUGAACAAAUUUUGACAUGUUUGGCUUCCCAUAAUUUUAGCACAUUUUAGACCAUGUUUUAAGUUGCACCAGAGUUCAGCAUAUGUGCCUAUAUAUUUGCUCUACGGUGACGAUUACAAAUCAAAUGCAACAAUCUCCUUGCAAACAUGUCUUGAAUGAUAUUAUAUUGCUCUGACCACAAAAUCUUAUCAUUUGCACUAGCAAUAACAGAGCAACUGGCAAUGCUUUUUUUUAUUCCAUUUUCAUCAGGUCAUUUUGCUUUGAAUAUCUUUUUUUCAUAAAGGGUGAUUUCAUAAAUUAUGUAUUCCAAUCUCCGCUAUGGUGGACAUUCUUCAAGUGAAUCUCUGUUUUCUAGUCCAUAAGACAUGAUGAAAGAAUGGAUAAGAAAUACACAAGGUUAGGUAUACGAAAAAGGUUGAUUAUUUCAUUGAAUUGCCCUGAAAGAAAUUUGUUGCAUUUUAAGAGCUAAAUAUUAACAGUGGUCACCUAGAUGCAAUGUUCCUCUGAUUGUCUGUUACAGUAGAUUUACUCUGAAAUUCAGAUCGUAGUGGACAUUUUAUAUUUCACUUACAAGUAAUGUCCAGAGAGAUGGGUAUAUAUUAGGGUGCCUACUUGGGACAUGAUAUUUUAUGUUUCAAGUUUAUUUUUAUUGAUUAACUGAUAUGAACGUCUGUUGAUGACAGUCCGUAUCAUAGAGGCUGUGUUCAAAGAGAGCUCACUCCAUGAAAUACACUGUUUAUAAUAUGUGAUUUUUACGUGCAAUAAUAUUUGGUAUGUAUAUCCGCAAUGAUCAUGCGCUCGUUUGAGUCAGUAUUACUUGUGCAUGGUGUAGGAGUUAUGUCUUCUCUGGUGAUGUGUCUGUGGUUGUAGCCUUGCAGCAGGGCUAACCUUCAUAGCAACAGUUUGAAAUAUAGAAGAUUAUUGGAAUGCCUGUGUUCACAUUGUGAAAUAGUGCUGUGUGAUCUCACUGUUCCAUGCCAUACCAUGUGAACAGAGACUCUGGUCUUUUUCUCAAGCGUUCCACAUUGUUUUCCACAGUUUGUAUUGUACGUUGAUCAAAUUUGAGACUACGAUUAGUUAAGUGCCCUUAUGUGUACAGUGUAUAUAAAUAAUCAGAUGUGGUAUGUGUAGGAGGGAGAUCCUUUCAACAGUGUGUGCGGCUAUGCAAGCAAACAGACUCAUAGAAACAAUUGGCAGAACCGUAGACCCCCAACUUCCAUGGUCGGUGUCUCCACAGUUGAUAUUAUGAAAACAAAUUGAGAACUGUAAACCAUAAACUUUAUUCUUUUACAUUAGUAUUUUUGUGAAAAUAAGCCACUGAUCAUUAAUAUAGCAUGUACACAAAUGCAUGUAUUUUAUGUUUUGGGGGCUUGGAAACUCUAUGUCACGAAUUGCUAUAUAUACAUGCACAAUAAAAGAUGGCUUAUUUCCCUUUAUUUUUUUAUUUUCUAAAAUUUCAUAGCAAGAUGGUGUCGAGAUUCAUUAAUCUAUAUUGUCCAAUGGUCAUGGGUUCUGAUGGGAUUUUGGUUAAGAUAGAGAAAUUCAAUUAUCAUUCAUAUUUCCAUUGAUUUUGAGCUAGAUAUGAUUUAUAACAGGAAAACAAUGUAAAACUGGGUGAUUGAAUCAAAACAUGAAAAAAAUUGGAUUUUUGUCCUACUUUCCUUAUUUUUUUCAAAUCAUAUAAUUUAAUUUUCGAAUUUUGUUUGGGUUUCAUAAUCGUCACUGAUCUGGUUUCGUAACAUAAAGAGAUUCAUGAUUGAUCAUGGGGCCGAUAUUUUGCUCUUUUUAGUGCUCUUUUGUUAUUUUUUAACUUUCAUUUAUGUAAUCCUUCAGAAUGAUAUUGUUACCUCAAAAAUUAUUGUGAAACUUGUUUGCAAAAAGUAAAAUUUAGAAGACUCAAAUUGGAAAUGACUAGUACGGCCAAGUGAUGAGUUUGAAUAAUGAAAUGUUCCUUCUGGCUCGGGUUUCCAAAGUAAUUUUUCAGGAUGCAAAAAUAUCAACAAAUGGCAGUGCGGGGCCUAAAUGCUACCUAGAUGCAAACAGACAAAGAUCGGUCUCACAAAAGCCUCUCGCUGGCAAAGUGUCUGUCUUGAACAAUGCACAACUGUUGUGUGUUUAAUAGCAAUCGAGUUUGAAUGAAAAAUCUACCUCAAGAAUUCAAAUGUUUUAGAAUAAGGAAACUCAUUUACCAGUUGACAAUCAUGACAGCAUAAGUCUGCCGGAAUUGGAUCUCAUGGAUCUUCAUGGAUGUAUUUUACUGCUACAACAUUUAUUUGGAAUCUGUCCUGUUUGCUGAUAGUUGAUAGCUAUUUAUGCUCUUAUUGGUUUAUUUCAGUGUUUAUUUUAUUUUAUUUUGACACCAGCCACUACUCAUUCUAAGUCGAAAAGACAUUUUGAUCACUUGUUGUUUUUUUUUAGUUAAAGUAUGGCUGAUCAAAAUUGUGACACGGUAUUUGCUUUGACAUAUGUGCAAUCUCUGCAUUCAUUGAAACCUUAGAUUGAGAUUUGCAAUACUAUUUAUUUCUAUUUAUGAAUCUUGUCGUAUUUAUAUUUGAACCAUAUCUUUCAACUUUGGUGGUCAUGCUUAGUCUUACCUGGUCUUACAAAAUUUGGUCCCAUGUCUUUUAUUCAUUUUUUUUUUCACGGGGGGAUGUUUAAUAUGAUUUCAACAAAAAUCAUUCCUGACCAGAAACAAUUAAGUUUGUUCAGUAUAUACCAUCAUUUCCAAAAGUUUAAGACUACCAGAGUGAUGUGUAUAGUAUAGUACAUGUAAUAAACUGGAACAGUUUCUUUAAAAACUGGCCUCUAUAAUAUUUGUUGGUGUUGAUUCUGUGUUUGACAAGAAUGGUUAAAGAGUAAGUUCAAAGUAAUUGUCAAAUAGCUUGACUGAUCCUUUUGUUUUCACAAGUAGUUUUACUUCAAAAUAUUUUUUUUAACAAAAGGAUUAGUCAAGCUAUUGGACAAUUUCUAUAUACUAAUUUACCUUACCAUCAAAUCAAACAUGGAAUCAACACUAAAAACAAUUUAUAGGCCAGUUUCAAUGAAACCAUUACAGUAUAUUACAAUUAUAUACAUGUGCUAUACACACAAAUUAUACUUAUAAAAAAGUUGGUAUAAUUGCAAUGAUGACUCUGGUUUUAUUUUGUGAAAUUUGAAGACAUGAAUCUGAAAAGCAUGUUUAGAUAAAUAUAGUAUGUGUUUAAUUUGGUUAUUAUUUCACAACCUCACGACCUGCAUAUGCGUUCACAUUAAGGUCAGUUAAUAUGAGACCAACUUGAAAUAUGUGUACAGUCUAAACAUAAGUCUUUGUUCUAUGUAUCUCAGUGUGUGAAAAUUACUAUACGUUCAGCUUCACGGAGUUCAAUAUGUAAAUUAUCUUCUAGUUUUGUCGAGAAUAAGAUCAUGAGUUUAAGUUUUAUAUUUAAAUUAUUUUAGACUUUACUGCAAAAAUGAAUCCAGCUAUAUAUGAACUGCCAAGAGUGCAUAUUCAUUAUAUGUUAGAAUAUUGAGGGAAUUGUGUAAAUCGUGCUAUUUACAUGAGUUUUGGUCAGACUGGUUGUAAAUAUCUUGUAUAUCUUGUGUAUAUGAUUACGAUGUAUAUAGGAAUGAAGAGUUACUAUUUAUAAUACUACAUUGGAAUAAAUCACUGAUAAACCAUUAA